GGUAAACGAUAAAUUAAAAGAAAACAAGUAUACAACAUAAAAAAGUCACGAAAGUUAUCGCAGCAUCUUAUAUCUAAUUCGGAAAUCUUGAAAUUCCUUGAAGAUUUCUUGACAAAAAGGUGGGCUUUCAGUGAAAAUUACUAUAAUGAAGCAGAAACCGGAAAAUUCGAUUAUCCUGCGGUAAGAAAACACCUCCAGACGUUAAUAGUGUAGUACCCAAAUGAAGUGGCCGGAAAGCAACUCAAAAUAAAAAUCGUCUGCCUGAAAGCGAAGCCCAUUAAUAUGGUAUUUUGAAGUGAAAGUACUAUCACUUAUUCCAGAUGCAAAUGUAUGCAAAUAGAUAAAAUAACCUUAGUGUUUUGUGAAAUCUCAGAAAAUUAAACAGUGCGAAAAAUAGCACAAAUACGAGUGAAAGCAAAAAGCUUUCGUUAGUGUCGAAAAAAACAAAAAUUUGGUAUGCAUGCAAUAAAAGAAUCAUUCAAAUGCAUUAAACAUAUACGUUUGAAUGUUAAUUAGCGAAGAAAAGAAAAAAAAUCGAAAUAUUCCAAGCUAAUCGCCGCAUUUGUAUUAUUGCUGCUAUAUAUUUGCUCUCCCAUCCAGCCAAUUGGCGUUUCCACAAUUAUUGGCGCUCUUCCCCAUAUUCGCGUUGGCCCCACUGCACCAAAUAUCGGCGCUUGGAGCUCUCUGACAUUUUUUGGGGCUGUCACAUUGACAGUCGCGCGUUGUAGGUGAUUGCUUGUGCAUUUGGGGAUACGCUUUUCGCCAUCGUCAUUUUCACUGUACUCGGAGUGUUGUGCUUUUCGUGUAUCAAUUGCACAUAAAAAUAUUGAAAUUCUCAAGUUACCGACGAUUCUAUUUAAAAAGUGUUUAAUUUGCGAAUAUCACCGAAAGUAAUUCCAACCAGCUGAAGUUUGGUGCCGAUAGCGACUGUGGGAGUAAAAAAAAAAGUUAAAAAUUGGUAUAGUGGGAGGCAGAGAGUACAAAGUGAAAGUGUUUUUUUUAUGUAUUGUGUGCAAAAAUCUAGCUUAUACAAAAGCUUAAAAUUAAAAAAAAAAACAAAUGUGUAACUAUAAAAUUGUUCAUUAAAUGUGUAACCCCGCGGUCCACUAAGACCUUAGCCUUCCUGCCAAUUUCUUUUGUUGUGAUUCCUUGUGGGUUGUGCAAUAUCCCUAUCUCCCCCUUAAACGGUACUUAAUUUUUCACCCAUUCGAGAACAUAGUGUCGUGUUGGUUCCCAAAGGAGAAACAAAUCAAGAGUUCAUUAUAGUCUAAUCACCUUCGGAAAGAACAAAUAACUCGCCAUGUAUCGCAUUGGACCAAUUAACCGUAAAUCGAAUUUUCACUUUCGCGAAAAAUGCCUUAUAGGCAUGGUAUUAGCCACGUUAUGUCUGCUUUGUUUUGGUGGCAUAUUUCUGCUACCCGACAAUUUUGGAGGCGAACGCGUGCUGCGUGUAUACAAGCAAUUCCAAAAAGCCGGACCGGAAAUGUUCAUACCUGCACCGCCAUUAGCUGGGCACGGGCCUAAAGAUUCAGACCCACACUUUAUUGGUGACCGUCAGAAAUUGCAGGCAAAAAUUAAAGAAGAAUUAGGUGAAAUUAUGGAUAAGCCAUUGCUGCAACAACGGCAAGCAGAUGCUGGCUAUGAUGGCGAAGAGUUAGGUGGAGCUGAUGAUGGUCAACAACAACAACAGGGCGUGGCGCCACCGUUGAACGGGGAGGGACCACCCGACACGGUCGGGCCUGCCGGCAAAGCACGUAUCAGCAAUGACGAUAAUGCAGCACGCAUGGAUAAUAAUAACUUGCCAGUGGGAAAAGUCGGCAACAUACAAUUCAGUCAAAAUGGAAAUGCUGAUCCAGAUCCAGCUGUUGAGGAAAAGCGGCAGAAAGUUAAAGAGAUGAUGCUCCACGCUUGGGAAAAUUACAAACUCUACGCUUGGGGUAAAAACGAAUUGCGACCGCUGAGUCAACGCCCGCAUUCGGGCAGUAUUUUUGGUGCCUACGAUCUUGGCGCAACCAUAGUCGAUGGCCUGGAUACACUCUAUUUGAUGGGAUUGGAGAAGGAGUAUCAAGAAGGGCGCGAUUGGAUCGAACGUAAAUUUUCGCUUGACAACAUUAGCGCCGACUUAUCAGUAUUUGAAACGAAUAUACGCUUUGUGGGUGGCAUGUUGACACUAUACGCCUUCACUGGUGAUAACCUGUACAAAGAGAAAGCACAACACAUUGCUGACAAGCUAUUGCCCGCUUUCCAGACGCCCACCGGUAUACCAUAUGCAUUGGUAAAUACACGAACCGGUGUUAGUAGGAAUUAUGGCUGGGCUUCAGGUGGCAGUUCGAUUUUAUCCGAAGUUGGCACAUUACAUUGCGAAUUUGUAUACCUUAGUGAUAUAACUGGUAAUCCAUUGUAUAGAGAACGUGUACAAACUAUACGACAAGUUUUGAAGGAGAUCGAGAAGCCAAAGGGUCUCUAUCCGAAUUUUAUCAAUCCCAAGACGGGCAAGUGGGGACAAAUGCACAUGUCGCUGGGCGCUUUGGGCGACAGUUUCUUCGAGUAUCUGUUGAAGGCGUGGCUGCAGUCGGGUCAGGUAGAUGAGGAGGCGCGUGAAAUGUUCGAUGACGCAAUGGUAUCGAUUAAUGAGCACAUGAUCCGAACUAGCUCGGGUGGUCUGACGUAUGUGUCGGAUUUGAAAUUCGAUCGCUUGGAACAUAAAAUGGAUCACUUGGCGUGCUUUGCAGGUGGUCUCUUCGCUUUAGCAGCCAAUACGCGACAAAACCAAUAUGCUAAUAAAUUUAUGGAAAUCGGCAAGGGUCUGACAAAUACCUGUCAUGAGAGCUACGCAAGAACCGCCACUAAAUUAGGACCUGAAGCCUUUCGCUUCAGCGACGCAGCCGAAGCGCGUGCCUUGAAAUCACAAGAGAAAUACUACAUACUGCGACCGGAAACAAUCGAGAGCUACUUUGUGCUAUGGCGUUUGACGCACGAUCAGAAAUAUCGUGAUUGGGGCUGGGAGGCUGUGCAAGCGUUAGAGGCCCACUGUCGCACACCACAUGGCUAUUGUGGCAUUAAAAAUGUAUAUCAGGAGAUGCCGCAGAAGGAUGAUGUGCAGCAGAGUUUCUUCUUGGCGGAGACGUUAAAGUACUUGUACUUGCUCUUUUCCGACGACUCUUUGCUGCCACUCGAUGAGUGGAUAUUCAACACGGAGGCGCAUCCUUUGCCCGUACGUAGCGCGAAUGUGUUCUACCGCGCGGCGCCACCCGCUCAGACGCAAGCAGACGAAAAUCGUUAAAAUUUUGUGCUAAAAUAAGGACGCUGCUGCGCGCCGUUAAAAUGUGACAAAUUCAAUCCAAAUGAAAACCUCUGCAAUUAGUGUUAAUUUUUUUUUUUUUACGAAUACAUAGACACUUUUUUUUUGUUUUAGGAACUUUUUGAUUUGUAGCAUAUAUGAUUUAUACAAAAGUUAACCGGACGUUACACACUGUAGAAGUUGUUUUUUCAUAGACAGAUAUAGUUUGCUCAGCGAUUUAUUUAUUAUUAUUAUUAUUAUUUUUUUUUUUAAUAAGAAGGUAAUCGAAUACUUACACGAUA